CCUUACGAUUCCGUGUUCCGUGUGGAAAGUUUACCGGCUCGGGUGCAAAGUUUCAGCCGUCUGCAAACGGGAGCUCGUCCGCAAACCUAUGUCUAAUAUGACGGUGUCGACAAUAGUUUACUUAUACGGUAACUAGGAUCGUAUCCCGGAUUAAUUGCACCGGUGACUGUCUUUAUAUGUAGUGGAAUGAUGCUAUCGUCGCUGGAUAACAGCAGUGAAUGAAGACGGUGUUAGCAUCGGUCGUAUUGUCUCAAGGAGCCAGCUAGCUAUAACUACGUAAAUCGUUAGCUUGGAGUUAAACCGGAGAGCUAGCUAGCCGGUGCCCGAGUGAUCUCAUAACUCGAAACUUGACUCGACGAAUAACUGUGAGGAAGGAAAAAUGGCUUGUGAGCCUAAUCGCGUUCGGCUGCUCUGUAUGCUGUCAUUGACUUUUGGGUAUUUUAUUGUAGAAGUGGUGGUCAGCCGCAUCACAUCAUCUCUGUCAAUGCUGUCGGACUCCUUUCAUAUGUUGUCAGAUGUCAUUGCGCUGGUAGUGGCUCUGGUGGCGGUGCGAUUUGCCGAGAAAACCAGUUCGACCAGCAAAAAUACCUUCGGCUGGAUCCGGGCGGAGGUGAUGGGGGCUCUCGUCAACGCUGUCUUCCUCACGGCGCUGUGCUUCACCAUCGUCCUGGAGGCGAUCGAGCGCUUCACCAAUCCCCAUGAGAUUGACAGCCCGUUUAUGGUCUUAGGGGUCGGUGCCGCGGGGCUCCUGGUCAACCUGCUCGGACUUUGCUUGUUCCACGGGCACGCCGGUGGAGGCCAUGGACACUCCCACGGAGGUCACUCUCAUGGGAACAAGAGGAGUAAGCCCGGAAAGUGCCAGAAGCCUGGACAUGGGUCUUCAGGGGAGGAGACCAACAACUUGGUGGGGAAUCGCAGCAGCCCGGGUGAUGUGAAAUCGAAAAGCGAAAUCAGCCGUAAAGACAGCACAGAGGUGCAGAUGAAUGGCAACACCUACUAUGACGACAUGGACCAUGACGACAAUUCAUCGUCACAGCUCAACAUGCGUGGGGUGUUCCUGCAUGUGUUGGGCGAUGCCCUUGGCUCCGUCAUCGUAGUUGUCAAUUCUUUAAUAUUUGCCUUUGUGUGGCAGCCCUGCAUAGAAGGUGAGACAUGUAUAAACCUGUGCAUCGAUAGCCACACCACAGACCACCAGCAUGUCAAUCACACACUGGUCGACCUGCUGGACGGUCCAACUGUGUCAGCUGUGAAACAUGCCGGCCCCUGCUGGGUCCUCUACCUGGAUCCCACCCUCUGCAUCAUCAUGGUGUGCAUCCUGCUGUAUACCACCUACCCACUGCUCAAAGAGUCGGCUCUCAUCCUGCUGCAGACUGUGCCCAAGCAGAUCAACAUACACCGCAGUGCGCGGCUGCUGACCCGGGACGGCGUGCUGGCCAUCCACGCCCUGCACAUCUGGCAGCUGGCUGGUAGCCGCAUCAUCGCCACAGCUCACAUUAAGUGCCACGACCCUGCAUCUUACAUGGAGGUGGCCAAACGCAUCAAAGACUUCUUCCAUGACGAAGGCAUCCACGCCACCACCAUCCAGCCUGAGUUUGAGUCUCGAGACUCCCUCUGUGAGCUCUCCUGUCGCACUCAGUGUGCUCCCAAGCUGUGCUGUGGCUCUGUAGACAAACAAAGCACAGGCUCUGACAAGAAGGCCAGUAGUGACUGCAAGGUUGCAGCCACUUCAGCUCUGGAGGUUAUCAGUGAGACCACAGAGCAGGCUGCAGGCGUUCAGGCACACCCUCGGUCAGCGGCUGAGGACUGGAGUGAGGCCUGCAUGACUGUCCGUCAUUAGCACCGUGUUGUGAUGCGUCAUCUCGUCUUGUGUUUCUGUCCCAAAGCUUCUCACUGCAGGACUGAAGGGAUCAGCAAGACGUCCUCUUCCCCAGAAGGUCACACACGCAAAGCGGAGCACAAAUUAUUAGGUUAUAUGUUUUUGCUAUGGACCUGUUGGCAGAAAGGCUACCUUUUUGUGUUUUGUGCAGGCUUUGAGCAGAUUUUCUUGCCAGCCCCAAAUGGAAGUGUAUUGUAUUGCAUAAUAAUUUAAGUAUUUAAGUUAUUAGAAAUGAUCUAUUCCUCUCUAUAGAUGCUGUCUGUAAUAUUCAGUUUGGAUGAUCAGAACAUUUUUUUUUUUUUGCAAUUUGUCUGUCAUGAAUAUUUGGACAGACCAUCUAUGCUGUAGUCAGUUUACAAAUGUGAUGUUUUAUAAUCAUCUUGUUUCUUCAGAUUCCUCUCUGGCCUUGACUCAGUUUUUAUUGCAGUCAUUCUUUGGAUUCAGAAGCUGUAUCAGCGCCUCUCACCUUGCCUUUAAGUACAAAAAACAAACUCUUGUAGUACUAAGCAUAGUAGGCAGAGUAUAACUGAACCUCUUGCAAUGGCACAGUCACCUAAUUAAAUGUUUAUUCAUAAAUUUGAUGUCUUGCAAACCAGAGGGUUGGGUCUGUUGUGAAGAAGUGAGCACUGUAUGCCACUAGUGAAACACUUUUCUUUGUGAAUUUGUGCUGGAAAGCCUUCUGAUGUUCUACGGAGAUUAUGUUUUAAAUCCUCCUGAAUGUGUUCAGCACCUUGCCACAAUCCUCUCUGAGAAAGUUUUUGUAUUUCCAGGAUGUUUUACUAAGUUUGCAUGACCAAACUGAGACCUGGUGCGUGAAUUUUUACAGCUCCACUGAGAGCUACAGUUGCUGCUUACCAGUACCAGCUGGUAUCCUUCAGCAUUACUCCCAACUGCGUAGGGAAUGACUCACCGUGUAGCUCGUCUGUCCUCUGCUUUGGACAGCUGAGCAGGCUGUUUUUUGCUGAAGUCAAGUCCAUAUCGUGGCCUUUGAAAUAGUACGAGUUCUCCUUCAUCACUACCUAUCACAUUAUAGAUGGUUCAUUGGUGCAUUUCAGAUGUCCACUCUUGACUAAAUGUGUAUGCAAUAUAGAAAUGUGUGCUGGGAAAUGUAUUUUGAUGCUUUCCUUUAGUCACUUUUCUUACGUGUUUUUUUAAUAUUUGACCUCUGUGUGCAAAUUGAAAGCAAAAGUGUUAGUUUAUUUUAUUUUAGAUAUGACAUCAGCUGAUGCACAUACACACAGUACCUGUUCAAUGUGUCAUUGGGAAAAUAAAAAAUAUAUAUGGUGUUUAGUACAGUUGAUCAGCCCAUUUGUCUUAUUCUGUCUGUAGCUUCUAGUCAUUCCAAAAACAAAAUUUGAGUUCUGACUUUUUUUUUUCCAGAAUUCUGAGAAGAAAAGUCAGAACUCAAAUUUUGUACAAUGGCCCUGAUCCUCUUUCCUGAACGGCUGUUUCUCUGUUACAGUGCAUGUAUCUGUUUUCCAAAACAUGUCUUCUGGUCACCUUAGAAAAGAAAUCGAUGCCCAAAAGAAAAAAAAGAUUUAGUUUGGCUUAAUGAUCUAUUUUUAACGAUAUUUCCAGCCAUUCACACUGUCAAUAAAAUUCGUCACACACU